AUGAAAUUCCCGCUAGAGAAUCCGAGGAAACAGGUGAACUGGGACCCUGAACAAGUGGCUGUUCAGACAAACAUCGUCCCGCCGAAGAAGGUCCAGUCUGGUGCGGUCCAGUCCAGUCUGGUUCAGGCCAGCGUAGCGGCCAUGCAGAACCCGAUGGCCUGUGAGGUGAAAGCAAACGGUCACUGCAUUCUCCCGCGCCUCUCCAUCUCGUCCCGCUCGGCCAGCGUGGUGACGGGGAUGGACACGGGUGCAGACGGAUCUGCUCCACACUCGGUCAUGAAGUGGAAGACGGUGGUGACUGUGUUUGUGGUGGUGGUGAUGUACCUGGUGUGCGGCGGUCUGGCCUUCCGCGCGCUGGAGCAACCCUUCGAGAGCAACCAGAAGGACAGCAUCACGCAGGAGAAGGCCCUGUUCCUGCAGAGGAACCCCUGCAUCUCUCCAGCCGAGCUCGAGGCCCUCAUCAAGCAUGCAGUAGAUGCGGUCAGUGCUGGAGUGAGUCCCAUUGGAGACACGUCCAAUAACUCCAGCCACUGGGACCUCAGCAGCGCGUUCUUCUUCGCUGGAACCGUCAUCACUACGAUAGGCUAUGGAAACAUCGCCCCCAGGACUGAGGGCGGCAAGAUUUUCUGCAUCCUUUACGCCAUAUUUGGCAUCCCACUGUUUGGCUUCCUCCUGGCCGGGAUCGGUGAUCAGCUAGGGACCGUGUUUAUGAAGAGCAUCCUGAAGGUGGAGAAAGUUUUCAGGCAAAAACACAAGCAAAUCAGUCAGACCAAAAUCCGUGUCACCUCCACCAUACUCUUCAUCAUCGCUGGCUGCAUCAUUUUUGUCACCAUCCCAGCAGUGAUUUUCAAACACAGUGAGGGAUGGAGUACUUUAGAAGCCAUUUACUUUGUUGUCAUUACUCUCACAACCGUCGGCAUUGGAGAUUAUGUAGCAGGUGGUGAUCGAAAAAUAGAAUACAUGAAAUGGUACAAGCCUCUGGUCUGGUUCUGGAUUUUGGUGGGUCUGGCAUAUUUCGCUGCGGUCCUGAGCAUGAUUGGAGACUGGUUCAGGGUUCUGUCCAAGAAAACAAAAGAAGAGGUCGGGGAGUUUAAGGCCCAUGCGGCAGAAUGGAAGGCAAAUGUUCGGGCAGAGUUACGCGAGACACGGCGGCGCCUCAGCGGUGAGAUCCAUGACAAACUUCAGCGGGCGGCCACCAUCCGCAGCAUGGAGCGCAGACGUCUGGGUCUGGAGCAGAGGGCACAUUCGCUGGACAUGCUGUCGCCUGAAAAACGGGCCGUCUUCGCUAGUCUGGACGCCGGGCGCUUUAAGACCUCAUCGCAGGAGAGCAUCGACACUAAACUGAACAACCUGCGACUGAAGGCCGAGCGCGGUGAACAGCAGGCGUCCUCCGAUGAAAACAUCUUCAACCGCUUCGGCUCGCUCACAAAACUGGCCAAGCGCAACAAGAGCAAAGAUCUCCGCAGGAACAUCCCAGAAGAUGCCAGCAGGCUGGGCGAUGUCCUCAGCAGUAACAGCAGCAACGUCACACUGGGAGAGGAGAGAAGAGAGGACGAGGAGGAGAUUGAGGAAGAGAAAACAACAAUGGAGGCCAACACUGGCUUCACGUGUCUGCCUCACUAUCCUGAGGAACCCAAACAGCAGAAUUGUUUCGCACCGGCUCAGGCCAAAGAACAAGAGCGAAAUAAAAGACUAGAGCAGAAAGAACAUCAACCGUAGGCAGACAAUGACAGGGUGAAAAUGUGCCUUUGUGUUUUGUAGGCUGCGGCUCGACUCGUUACGAUCAUCUGCAGUUGAUUUUCACUGUGACAAAUGAUAAGUUGCCAAAAAUGAGAAAAGACACGGAGAGCUCAAGGAAUACAGACUGACAUCACCUUAAAGAGACAGUUCACCAAAAACCUGGAAAUUCUGUCAUUGUUUAC